GUAUAAGACACCUGUGGUGCCAUGGCAACGCGUUACUACUGUUGACAAAGGAGAGAGAGAGAGGUAGAGCGAGAGAGAGAGAGAGAGAGCGACGAUGCUUGACUAGCACCGAGCUCGUGGUUCAAAGGCGCGAACUGUCACUUCCUGGUCGCGCGAGUCGCAUCUCGAUUCGCUGCCGUGAAUCGGACGGAGUCCCGCUCAGGAUGUGCCUUUUUUUCUUUCUUUUUUUUUUCUUCAUUUUACGGAUUAAUGUCCUGAGAGUGUUCUUUUCUCGCUUGUGUGUUCGGAGCUUGAAAUUAAAGCUGGUCUCAGAAGGUUGAUAAUAGACAGCCGGCGUCUCAUGAGAAGUUUGGGUGCCGCUGGUUAUUCCGGACUCCUACCUGCGGUCCACGUCUUGGAAUCGCCACCCGCCAAAGCGUUCUUUCCCACAGAGGCUUGCAUGCAUCGCUGGCAAGAAACUGCACUUCGUGGUAGACGACAGCAAAGGAGACACCGCCAGCCCUCAGGAGGAGGAUGGAGGGGGGAGCCCAUCAGCGCGGCGGCGUGCAGAAGAACAGGAAAACAUGUGCUUCUUCCUGCUCCGGUCUCAAGAUGUUUCUGGUGGCUUUGUCCUUUGCCUAUUUUGCAAAGGCUUUGUCGGGGAGCUACAUGAAGAGCACAAUAACUCAGCUGGAGAGGCGCUUUGACAUCCCCAGUUACCUGGUGGGCAUCAUUGACGGCAGCUUUGAGAUGGGCAACCUGUUGGUCAUCGCUUUCGUCAGUUACUUUGGCGCCAAGCUCCAUCGGCCAAAGAUCAUCGCAGUGGGUUGUGUGCUGAUGUCCAUCGGCACCUUCAUCAUCGCGCUGCCUCACUUCAUCACCGGACGUUAUGAAUAUGAAUCGUCUGCACGGUGGGUCGUGAAUUCAACCCUCAACACCUCCCCUUGUUCCGCGGGCUCAACAACUGACCUCAGGCAAAAUAGUGAAUUGCCCGACGUGCCAGCCGCAGGUUGCGAAGGAGAUUCUAACCUUUCCAUGUGGAUCUAUGUGCUGCUCGGAAACGUCCUUCGAGGGAUUGGAGAGACUCCUGUCCAACCUCUCGGGAUCUCCUACAUUGACGACUUUGCCACUGAGGAGAACGCUGCAUUGUACGUGGGCUGCGUGCAGACCAUUUCUGUGGUGGGGCCUGUCUUCGGCUACCUCUUGGGGUCCCUAUGUGCAAAAAUCUAUGUGGACAUUGGAUUCGUAAAACUGGAAAGCAUCACUAUAACCCCAGCGGACUCCCGCUGGGUUGGAGCCUGGUGGUUGGGCUACCUGAUAGCAGGCAUCAUCACCCUGCUCUCUGCCAUUCCCUUCUGGUUCCUACCACGCUCUUUGCACGUCCCAGGCAGCGACCACGGCCCAGACAAGCCGGAACAGAGCGGUCUAACGAAAGACUGCGCCCCCGUCAAGCACAAGUACCCUGCCGAGGAGCACAUGAGUUUCAUAGAGAUGGCAAAAGACUUUGUUCCGACGGUGCGGACUCUGCUGGGCCAUCCUGUGUACCUGAUCUACUUGUGCGUGACCAUCAUCCAGCUCAACUCUCUCAUCGGCAUGGUGACCUACAAGCCAAAGUACAUCGAGCAGCACUUCCGGCAGUCUGCAUCCAAGGCCAACUUUCUCAUGGGCGUGAUCAACAUUCCGGCCGUGGCAUUCGGGAUCUUCUCCGGCGGCCUCCUGAUGAAGAAGAUGAAGCUGAACAUCAUGGGAGCGGCCAAGUUUGCCUUCGUCACGUCUCUGAUCGGUUACAUCCUCUCCUUGUUCUUCUUCGCCAUGAGCUGCGAGAACGCCAAGAUGGCCGGCGUGACGCUCCCGUACAGCAGCGUGGAGGAGACAUCCGAGGACAAAGAGUCGCUGUCGAACGCCUGCAACGCCAAAUGUUUCUGUCCGGACAACAACUGGGAGCCCGUGUGCGGCGGCGAUGACAUCACCUACGUUUCUCCCUGCCAUGCGGGAUGCGGCCAGUCCACGGGCUCGGGCAAAGACACCGUGUUCUCCAACUGCAGCUGUGUCGGUGCGGCUGGCAACUUCACGGCCACUAGAGGGCAGUGCCCCGACAAGGAGGACUGUGACAGGAUGUUCCCGUACUUCUUAGCGCUGUCCGUCAUCACGUCCUUCAUCAUCUCCCUGGGAGGCACACCAGGCUACAUGCUGCUCAUCAGGUGCAUCAAACCACAGCUCAAGUCCUUUGCUUUGGGAUUCCACGCUCUGGCAACACACACUCUUGCCGGAAUCCCAGCGCCCAUCUACUUCGGAGCGAUCAUCGACACCACGUGCCUGAAGUGGGGACAGAAGCGAUGCGGCGGCCUGGGCGCGUGCAGAAUCUACAACACCACAGCUUACAGGAUAGCCUACCUGGGCCUGACCCUCAGCCUGCGCACCGUCUCCUUCCUCAUCUGCAUCCCGGGCUUCGUCCUGCUGAGUCGCCAGCUGCGGCGGGAGGAGCGGGACGCCCUGCGAGCUUCUUCCACCAACGGCGGCACGGAGCUGGAGGCGCUCAGGAAGGAAGAAUUUGUCACGGCCAACUGUGAGCGCUCACAGGCCAGUCAGGACAAUGGCACGGCCCGCGAAACACGACUGUGACGGUGACUCUCCGCCAGGUGACCUCCACACACACACUCUUGUAUUUCUCACCUUCUGGACACCUCCGAAAAAUGCCUACCUCUUUAGGACCACCCUUUAUAGAUAUAUACAGAUUAAUAAUAUAUACAUACUAUGCAAAUAUAAACAAAUGAGCUUUUAGUUAAGUUUUUUUUUUUUUGUAAUUGGUUUUUAAUAUUCAUUAUUUACUUCAAGUUAUUACAUUAUGUAUCUAUAUACAUAUAUAUAUAUAUUUUUUAAAUUAAUUUUGACCAAUUUCUUACACACUUGUUAUUUCAUAUGUUGACCAGAGGGGGAGCACUUCACAUUUUUACACACACCUGUUAUUUCAUAUGUUGACCAGAGGGGGAGCACUUCACAUUUUUACACACACUUGUUAUUUCAUAUGUAGACCAGAUCCUAUGUUGACCAGAGGGGGAGCACUUCACAUUUUUACACACACUUGUUAUUUCAUAUGUUGACCAGAGGGGGAGCACUUCACAUUUUUACACACACUUGUUAUUUCAUAUGUUGACCAGAGGGGGAGCACUUCACAUUUUUACACACACUUGUUAUUUCAUAUGUUGGCCAGAGGGGGAGCACUUCACAUUUUUACACACACCUGUUAUUUCAUAUGUUGACCAGAGGAGGAACUUCACAUUUUUACACACACCUGUUAUUUCAUAUGUUGACCAGAGGGGGAGCACUUCACAUUUUUACACACACUUGUUAUUUCAUAUGUUGGCCAGAGGGGGAGCACUUCACAUUUUUUUACACACACUUGUUAUUUCAUAUGUUGACCAGAGGAGGAACUUCACAUUCUUACACACACUUGUUAUUUCAUAUGUUGACCAGAGGAGAAACUUCACAUUCUUACAAACACUUGUUAUUUCAUAUGUUGACCAGAGGAGAAACUUCACAUUCUUACACACACUUGUUAUUUCAUAUGUUGACCAGAGGAGAAACUUCACAUUCUUACAAACACUUGUUAUUUCAUAUGUAGACCAGAGGGGGAGCACUUCACAUUCUUACAAACACCUGUUAUUUCAUAUGUUGACCAGAGGGGGAGCACUUCACAUUUUUACACACACUUUGUUAUUUCAUAUGUUGACCAGAGGGGGAGCACUUCACAUUUUUACACACACCUGUUAUUUCAUAUGUUGACCAGAGGGGGAGCACUUCACAUUUUUACACACACUUUGUUAUUUCAUAUGUUGACCAGAGGGGGAGCACUUCACAUUUUUACACACACUUGUUAUUUCAUAUGUUGGCCAAAGGGGGAGCACUUCACAUUUUUUUACACACACUUGUUAUUUCAUAUGUUGACUAGAGGAGGAACUUCACAUUCUUACAAACUUUUGUUAUUUCAUAUGUUGGCCAGAGGGGGAGCACUUCACAUUCUUACAAACACUUGUUAUUUCAUAUGUUGACCAGAAGAGGAACUUCACAUUCUUAUAAACACUUAUUUCAUAUGUUGGCCAGAGGGGGAGCACUUCACAUUUUUACACACACUUGUUAUUUCAUAUGUAGACCAGAGGGGGAGCACUUCACAUUCUUACAAACACCUGUUAUUUCAUAUGUUGACCAGAGGGGGAGCACUUCACAUUUUUACACACACUUUGUUAUUUCAUAUGUUGACCAGAGGGGGAGCACUUCACAUUUUUACACACACCUGUUAUUUCAUAUGUUGACCAGAGGGGGAGCACUUCACAUUUUUACACACACUUUGUUAUUUCAUAUGUUGACCAGAGGGGGAGCACUUCACAUUUUUACACACACUUGUUAUUUCAUAUGUUGGCCAAAGGGGGAGCACUUCACAUUUUUUUACACACACUUGUUAUUUCAUAUGUUGACUAGAGGAGGAACUUCACAUUCUUACAAACUUUUGUUAUUUCAUAUGUUGGCCAGAGGGGGAGCACUUCACAUUCUUACAAACACUUGUUAUUUCAUAUGUUGACCAGAAGAGGAACUUCACAUUCUUAUAAACACUUAUUUCAUAUGUUGGCCAGAGGGGGAGCACUUCACAUUUUUACACACACUUGUUAUUUCAUAUGUUGACCAGAGGAGGAACUUCACAUUUUUACACACACUUGUUAUUUCAUAUGUUGGCCAGAGGGGGAGCACUUCACAUUUUUACACACACUUCUUAUUUCAUAUGUUGGCCAGAGGGGGAGCACUUCACAUUUCUACACACUCUUGUUAUUUCAUAUGUUGACCAGAGGGGGAGCACUUCACAUUUAUACACUCACUUGUUAUUUCAUAUGUUGACCAGAGGAGGAACUUCACAUUCUUACAAACACUUGUUAUUUCAUAUGUUGACCAGAGGGGGAGCACUUCACAUUUUUACACACACUUGUUAUUUCAUAUGUUGACCAGAGGAGGAACUUCACAUUUUUACACACACUUGUUAUUACAUAUGUUGACCAGAGGGGGAGCACUUCACAUUUUUACACACACUUAUUUCAUAUGUUGACCAGAGGGGGAGCACUUCACAUUUUUACACACACUUUGUUUUUUCAUAUGUUGACCAGAGGGGGAGCGCUUCACAUUUUUACACACACUUGUUAUUUCAUAUGUUGACCAGAGGAGGAACUUCACAUUCUUACAAACACUUGUUAUUUCAUAUGUUGACCAGAGGGGGAGCACUUCACAUUUUUACACACUUUGUUAUUUCAUAUGUUGGCCAGAGGGGGAGCGCUUCACAUUUUUACACACACUUGUUAUUUCAUAUGUUGACCAGAGGAGGAACUUCACAUUCUUACAAACACUUGUUAUUUCAUAUGUUGACCAGAGGGGGAGCACUUCACAUUUUUACACACACUUGUUAUUUCAUAUGUUGGCCAGAGGGGGUGCACUUCACAUUUUUACACACACCUGUUAUUUCAUAUGUUGACCAGAGGGGGAGCACUUCACAUUUUUACACACACUUGUUAUUUCAUAUGUUGACCAGAGGAGGAACUUCACAUUUUUACACACACUUGUUAUUUCAUAUGUUGGCCAGAGGGGGAGCGCUUCACAUUCUUACAAACACCUGUUAUUUCAUAUGUUGACCAGAGGGGGAGCGCUUCACAUUUUUACACACACUUGUUAUUUCAUAUGUUGGCCAGAGGGGGAGUACUUCACAUUUUUACACACACUUAUUUCAUAUGUUGGCCAGAGGGGGAGCACUUCACAUUUUUUUACACACACUUAUUUCAUAUGUUGACCAGAGGAGAAACUUCACAUUCUUACAAACACUUAUUUCAUAUGUUGACCAGAGGGGGAGCACUUUUAAAACCGACACAGUCAAUUUUGAUAGAUUUCACCACCAGGGGGUGCAAAUGAGACAUUCUCUAUUAGACCCAAUGUUAUUGGGACCAUCAUUUAUGUCAUCACUUGUUCACACCUCCUCAUAUGGAAGCUACUUUUCCUUGUUGAUGUCUCAAGAAGGUUAGAAAUACAAGAACACACACACACACACACACACACACACACACACACACACACACACACACACACACACACGAAACCUUCAGGGACUCGUCCAAUCUGAUCGGCCGAUUAGGUCUGUUAAAAAAAAAAAGCUUAUCAAUGAAAUAAAUGACACAUAUUUCAUAUAAAUUUUAAAAAAGUAGACAUUUUUGUCAUUUUUAUAUACAUGUGUAUUUAUAUAGCGUGAAGUCAUUAGCAGCAGGUGUGGCAGCACACUCUUUAAACAUGAUCUUAUUACCUCAUGUUCAGUCUUUUAUUGUUGUAGCGGAAGGAAAACGGUGAGAUGGCGUUGAUAAAAAAAAAGGUGUUUUUAAUUAACACAGUGGAACUUUCAAAGUGGAAGUUCAAGCAGCACCAAAUACGCCUCAAAAGUCAAAAGAAAACAUUGUGAUCACGCGUGAUGUCGGGAAAUCUCACGGGAUUUCGACCGCCAACGUUCAAAUGGUUCCGGCGACGCUGCGGAAAAGCGCCGUCGACAACACCCGGGAUUAGUGUGACGAUAACCACAGAAGUGCUCGUUAUGAAGUAUAGUUUUUCCACGCAACGAUACAACCUUUCCAUGUUUGAUACGAUACUGAAAUCGGAGCCUUUAGUUUGCCGAUACCGAUAUUGAUCCGAUAUCAGCAGGAAUCGCACAUGCUUUUAUUUUGUAGUGCGGAAUGUUGGAGAGAGAACAAGAACACUCAUUUAUUAUUAACCGUCCGGAAUGGACUUUAAGUUCAAGUGGGGGGGGGGGGGGCAAGUUUAAAUGACGUUAAGCUGAUGGUGCAGUAAGUUGAAUGAUGCAGACACGUUUGUUACUGGAUACUUUGUAAUAUGCGUCUGGCUUGGAGACUUUGUAUGUGUAAAGUUACAGUCGGGGAGUCUUCGAUUCACCUGAAAAUAUAUUAUUGAUGUAUCUUUAUUAGAGAUGUCCGAUAAUGGCUUUUUUGCCGAUAUUCCGAUAUUGUCCAACUCUUAAUUACCGAUUUCCGAUAUCAACCGAUACCGACAUAUACAGUCGUGGAAUUAACACAUUAUUAUGCCUAAUUUUGUUGUGAUGCCCCGCUGGAUGCAUUAAACAAUGUAACUUUACCCGACUGAAACAAGUUGAAAAACUUAUUCGGGUGUUGCCAUUUAGUGGUCAAUUGUACGGAAUAUGUACCGUACUGUGCAAUCUACUAAUAAAAGUUUCAAUCAAUAAAUCAAGAUCAAGGUUUCCCAAAAUAAGAGAACAACUUUGGUGGUAGCGGGGGGGGGUGUAUAUUGUAGAGUCCCGGAAGAGUUAAUGCUGCAAGGGGUUCUGGGUAUUUGUUCUGUUGUGUUACGGUGCGCAUGUUCCCCCAAAAUGUGUUAGUCAUUCUUGUUUGGUGUGGGUUCACAGUGUGGCGCAUAUUUGUAACAGUGUUCAAGUUGUUUAUACGGACACCCUCAGUGUGACCUGUAUGGCUGUUGACCAAGUAUGUGUGCAUUCAAUUAUGUGAGUGCAAAAGCCGCAUAUAUUAUGUGACUGGGCCGGCACGCUGUUUGUAUGGAGGAAAAGCGGACGUGAUGACAGAUUGUAGAGGACGCUAAAGGCGGUGCCUUCAAGGCACGCCCCCAAUAUUGUUGUCUGGGUGGAAAUCGGAAGAAAUUCGGGAGAAUGGUUGCCCCGGGAGAUUUUCGGGAGGGGCACUGAAAUUUGGGAGUCACCCGGAAAAUCGAGAGGGUCGGCAAGUAUGCCCUACGUCCGUGUUUUACCGGGUAUGUACCGCUCCGUACAGCGGCGUUUUAAAAAGUCAUUAAUUUUACUUUUUGAAACCGAUACCGAUAAUUUCCAAUAUUACAUUUUAAAGCAUUUAUCUGAUGUCCCCGAUAUUAUCGGACAUCUCUAAUUUUAAAGCAUUUAUUUUUGUUUGCCGGAGUCAGUGUUUAUUACCUGCAUCUUUUAAAAAUAAAUCCCCAUCACAUUUAUUAAAUGAAUGGAAAUGUGUGCAGAACUGGAAAAUAAUCAAGGAGCUGCUGGGAUAUUAAUCUAUUAUGGAUUAUUGAUGUUUACUAAUCAAUUUUGGAAUCAUCCAUUGUCCCAGUUGUGAUGCACCUAAAAAUGGAUUCAUUCCCUGCCUAAGUAAUAGGGAUGUCCGAUAAUGGCUUUUUGCCGAUAUUGUCCAACUCUUUGAUUACCGAUACCGAUAUCAACCGAUACCGAUAUCAACCGAUAUAUACAGUC